UUGAAGGGCUCAAUCUGAGUGAACGCCUUGGGCAGCAACAAGGAGGUGAAGCGCUCUGAUAUUUGACUUUCAAUCGGAUCCACUGACCAGUGUAUGAUAGCGCCCUCGCCAGCGCCUCAAAGCACUGAACAGAGCUAUCAGUCCUACAACAAUCAAUACCAGAACCCGCAGCAAGGACAUGGACAACCUCCCUACCCUGGACAGAACCAACAGAAUUCCGGGUAUCAGUCAUACCACGGACAGUCGCAGCAGUCAUACCCAGACCAACAUUACGCCCAGCAUCAAACUCAAAGUCCACAGCCACCAGCUUACAAUAUUUACCAGCCUCCUCAGCAGCCUCAGCAUCAACAAUGGCCGUCAUCACCGGCACCUCCAGGACAGCCUGUGCAAUCGUUCGCGUCAGCACACGCCCCUUACGGCGCUCCUGCAGCCCCAAACAAUCAUUCGAUCCAAUCGCCUCCAACGAUAGUGGCACCUGGUACUGCUGGUCAUGGCCAUCCAUGCCCUACGCCUCCUAGAUGGGUGCCAUAUUGGUCUGAACAGUCACAGCAAUGGUAUUACGUCGAAACUUCUGGCAGAAGCUCUUGGCAAGCUCCAUCUGACCUCCCGCCACUUCAAGGCAUGCCAGCCUUUCCAGGAAGUCUAAACUCGAAUAACAGAAGCCAUGGUGGACAGAUGAUCCAUCCGGGUCAGCCACAGUACGCCAAUCCGCAAGACUCCCGACCAAGUCUUCCAGAGAAAGAGAAGAAGUCAUCGAGCUUCCUGGCCGCAGCUGGAGGUUUUGCUGCAGGUGGUGCAGCCGGAUAUUUUGUCAAAGAACGAAUUGAUAAACGCAAAGCCAAGAAGCAUGGCCGCACGGCAGAAGAUUUCUCCGACUUUGCCCACUUUCCAGCAUGGGAAGUCGACCUCGAAUGCAACAUCUGCGAUCAGGUCAUAAGCGGUCCCUACGCACACUGCAAGAAGUGCGACGGUGGUGACUACGAUAUCUGCCGUGAUUGUCUUGCCCAAGGAGAGGUCUGUAAAGGCAAGGGCAAGCAUAACUUGGUCAAGGUGUAUCCCAAGUAUUACUGCGACGUGUGCAACCUCUUGAUCAAGGGAGGGUUCUACUAUUGUGGUAUUUGCAAUAAUGGAGAUUGGGAUACGUGUCAGAAGUGCUUUGAUGCAGGAAAUACGUGUCGUGGAAUGGAGAGAGGAGAGACGCAUAAUCUGACGCAUCUUUAUAUGCCGGAGCCGAAGUUUAAGAAGGGAACUGGGAAGUACGAUUCAAGUAAUAGUUCGGACUCGGAUUAGAGAUGCCAUUAUAGAUGCUAACAUGGAGAUGCAAACUAGAAAAAGCAGCACAGGCCGUCA